GCGAGGGCAGCGCUGCGGGGGCUGCGGCGGCCGCGUGCAGCCCCACACCCGCGGGAGAAGGGCUGGAAGGGCCCCCAGAUCCAUCCCGAUCCGUGCCCGGGGCCGGCAGCAGCCAUGACCCAGGGGAAGCUCUCUGUGAACAGCAAACCCCCCAGCUCUGAGGGGCAGGGGGACAAGAAGGACAAUGCCACAGCCCCCCCAGCUCCCCCGUCCUACGAGGAGGCCACGGCGGGGGAAGGGAUCAAAGCCGGGGCUUUUCCUGCCCCGCCCGCGGCCCCGCUCCACCCCAGCUGGGCGUACGUGGAUCCCAGCACCAGCCCCAGCUACGGCAGCGCGGGGUACCCGGGGGACACGGAGCUGCUCACCACCUUCAGCUGGGACGACCGCAACGUGCGCAGGGUGUUCAUCAGGAAGGUUUACGCCAUCCUGAUGGUCCAGCUCCUGGUCACCGUUGUCAUCGUGGCUUUCUUCACCUUCUGUGAACCAGUCAAGGGCUACAUCCAGACCCACUCUGCCUGGUACUGGGCUUCCUACGCCGUUUUCUUCGUCACCUACCUGAUCCUGGCCUGCUGCUCCGGGCCCAGGAGAUACUUCCCAUGGAACCUGAUCCUGCUCAGCAUCUUUACCCUGUCCAUGGCCUAUCUCACUGCCAUGCUCUCCAGCUACUACAACACCAAGUCGGUGCUGCUGUGCCUGGGGAUCACGGCCCUGGUCUGUCUGUCUGUCACCAUCUUCAGCUUCCAGAGCAAGUUCGACUUCACCUCGUACCAGGGCGUUCUCUUCGUGUUGCUCAUGGUGCUGUUCCUGGGGGGGCUGGUCCUGGCUGUCAUCCUGCCCUACCAAUAUGUCCCGUGGCUCCACGCGAUCUACGCUCUGCUCGGGGCUGGGAUCUUCACCAUGUUCCUGGCCCUGGACACGCAGAUGCUGAUGGGGAACCGCCGGUACUCGCUGAGCCCCGAGGAAUACAUCUUUGGAGCCCUCAACAUCUACCUGGACAUCAUCUACAUCUUCUCCUUCUUCCUGCAGUUCUUUGGCUCCAGCCAGGAGUGAGGGCAGCGGGGCAGGAUGCUCCCCGUGCUGGCAAAUGUGAGGGGUUAAAUUGAGAAGCAGAGGUGAAAGGGUUCAAACCCGCCAGCCUGACCCAAUCCCUCCCUUUCUGGUCCAUCUGAGGGGCCCCAGGCCCCUCCUGCAGCUUUGUACAUUUGCUGCCAGGCCUUUGUGACCCAGAGAGCAAAGCAGGGCUUCAGUGUCAUGUCCCUUCUGCUCCCCCCAGUCCCGCCCAGCCCAGCCCAGUCCAGAGGCUGGGGCAGGAGCUGGGACCUUCCUGGCCCCAGGGGCUGCUGGAGGUGCCCUCUGAGUGCUGCCCAUCAUGGGGUGAAAGUGCUGUGACCAAACAGCAGAGAGGGCAACAGAGCAGGGAGUUUGGUGAGAUCCUGGCAGGAAAAGCAGCUGAGCUGAGGGAAAAGCCUUGGGGAAUCCUGGCAUUGCCCUAUUCCCCACAAUCCAUGGGAGCUUGGUGGCCUCUGUGCUACUCCUGGUGACUCCUGCUGUUGGAAAGAUGGAGUGUGGGAUCACGUAGCUGGAUUUCAGUGCUCCAGGCACAGGGAACCUGUUUGUUCAGGACGUGCAGCUCUCUGAGGUCAUCCCUGGUGCCUCUGCAGGAAAAAUUCCCCUGGAUCACUUGUAUCCGGCUGAGUGUCCUUCCCUUCCCUUCCCUUCCCUUCCCUUCCCUUCCCUUCCCUUCCCUUCCCUUCCCUUCCCUUCCCUUCCCU